AUGUCAUUGACUGCUUCAAAUAACAAUACAACACCACCAGUCAUAAGAAUUAUUACACCACCAUCCUCGCCAAUAAUAAUGGUGUCAGGUAAUGAAGAAUGGGAUAAUGUUGAUGAUUUUUCAGUAGAAUCUUUUCCCGGCGAAGAAUCUUCUAUCAACAACAAUAAUAAUACAACUUUCACGCCUAGUUCACCACCAGAGGAAAUAAACGGUGAAGAUAUUUCUACUGAUUUUGACUUUACAAAAAAUAAUAACAAUAAUUCAACCGACAUUUUACAAAAAAUGGGACAUUGGCUUUAUAAUACGCGACUCGUUCAAUAUAUGAAAUCUGAUGAAAGAUCAAGAGUGAAACAUAGCUAUACAACGAAUUCUAUAUGGAUGCUUGGAAUAGAGUAUUCAUUCACAGUAGAGGAUGGCGAGUUCGUUAAUCUUCCAAAACCUGACAGAGGUGAACAUGCAAGAGGUGGAAAUUUUUCUCCAAAAUCAAAGAAAACUCGUAGAAUGACAUUUACAAGUUUCUUUUCUAAUAAAGAAAAAACCAAAUAUAAUAAAGCUUCGUCAAGAUUAUCACCUCAUUUAGAAGCUGAAAAAAAACAUUUAACAACUAGACCAAAUAAUUCAUCUGUUGACAAUAUAUCUAUAGAAACAAUAACAAUUGAAUCAAAGGAAAAAAUAGAUAAAUUGUCCAAUCAUAAUAAUAAUUAUUCUUCUACUUUUAACGAAUCACCAUCAUUAUCAAAUUUAGCGACAAAUUUAAAUUACAAUAACGAUGACGACAAUAAUUCCGAGUUAACAGCUAGACCAAAUAAUUCAUCUGUAGACAAUAUAUCUGCAAAAACAAUAACAAAUGAAUCAAAUGAAAAACAAGAUAAAUUGUCCAAUAAUAAAAAUAAAAAUUCUAUUUCUAACAAAUCAUCAUCGUUAUCAAGUUUAACGACAAGUUUAAAUUACAAUAACAAUAAUAACAAUAAUCCUGAGAAUUCAGAUAGUUGGGUUAAUAGAAAAUCAACAUCAUCAGAAAGUGGUUCACUUCGAUCUUUAAAAUCGUUACCUCCAACACCUACAAGUUUAUAUAGACCAGAUUCAUUAGGACCUUUAACAAUAAAUCAAAAAAAGUUGAUGGAUUUUCUUUUGGAUUUUCAAUCAAGAAUAUUUUGUUGUUAUCGUAAAGAAUAUCCACCAAUUGAACCUUCCUUUCAUACCACUGAUACUGGUUGGGGAUGUAUGCACAGAACUGGUCAAAGUUUAUUGGCACAGGGAUUUUUGAUUGUUCUUUUAGGAAGAGAUUGGCGAUUACAUAAUGUUCAAAACGAUAUUGAAAAAUUCACAUAUAGAAAAAUAUUAAGUUGGUUUGUAGAUAACCCAGAUCCGGAACAUUAUUAUUCAAUUCAUAAUAUUGCUAGGAUUGGAAUUUCAUUAGAUAAAAAAAUAGGUGAUUGGUUUGGACCCUCAACAAUAGCACACUCAUUAAAACGUUUAUCACUAACUCAUAAAGAUUGCCCUUUGUCAAUCUAUGUGCCAUCUAACAAUACUAUAUAUCGUGAUGAAUUAUUUGGUGAAAUGAAAUUGUGGAAGCCUGUUUUAAUUUUGUUAUCUGUAAGGUUAGGUACAGAUAAACUUAAUCAAAAAUAUUCAGGAAAUUUAAAGGCUUUGUUUACUUUUCCUCAAUUCUUGGGUAUUGCUGGUGGAAGACCUGGAAGAUCAUUAUAUUUUGUUGCUGUUCAAGAUGAUGAUCUACUAUAUCUUGACCCACAUUUUGUUAGACCUGUUAUUAAUCUUAAUAAAUCAACCGAGUUUCCAAUCGAAGAUUAUCAUUCCACAAUUGUUCGAGCAAUGGAUAUUUCAGAAAUGGAUCCUUCAAUGUUGUUAGGGUUUUUAUGUAAAAAUCGACAAGAUUUUGAUGAUUUUUGUGAACGUAUUGAGAAGGAAACAGAACCACAGUUUCCAAUAUUCACUAUACAAAAUGAAAAUUUACUACCAAAUAAUUCAAAUUUUAACAACAAAUCUUCUGUUAGUAGUAUGAUUAGUAAUUGUAGCAGUGAUCAUUCAUCGUUAUCAUCAUUAUUGUUAUUAAGCAAUAGUGAUGAUAAAUUAAGCGAGAAAUCAUUAUCAUCAAUUAUUUUAGAAGAAGUUAGGUUAGAUAAGUAUAAAGAUGAGGAGGCUGAUAAUGAAGAUGAAGUUCAAGUUCAUAAAAAUAAUAGUAACAAUAAUCACGACGAUGUAGAUUAUUAUAAUGUAGAAGAGUCAAAAGAUUUUUCAACUUUUUCAACUGAUGAAGAAGAUAGUUUUGGGAUUGGAAUUUGGGCUAAAGAAGAACAAGACAAUGAUGAUGGAGAUGGAAAUAGCGAAAAAAAUGAAACAUCAGCAAUACCAUCACCAUAUAAUAACAACAACAAUGAAGAUAAUUAUGAGAUAUUAUAA